CUGAAAGCACUGCUGCUGCCAUGAGUGCCCAGACUGCCGCCUCGGACUCGCUCAAGGACGCCGUCCUCACCCAGGUCGAGUUCUACCUGAGCAACUCGAACCUGCCGUUCGACAAGUUCCUGUUCGGCCUGUGGUCGACCGCCCACCACGACCCGGCCGCCGUCAUCGCCAAGACGCCCGCGCCCGAGGGCUCGCCCAAGGACUCGCACUCGGAGCACAACCGGUUCCACCUCGGGUGGCUCCCGCUCGACAAGCUCGCGUCGUUCAAGCGCAUGCAGCCUUACCUCGAGCCCCCGCCGGCCGGCCUCGGCAGCGUCGACGCCAUCGCCGACGUCGUCAAGUCGUCGUCGCUCGUCGAGGUGCACAAGUUCGGCGCCGAGGGCGAGACGGGCGCCGGGUGGUACGUACGCCGCAAGAGCCCGCUUACCAAGCCGGCCGACGCCAUGGAGCGCUCGGUGUACGCCAAGGGCUUCCCGGAAACGGAGAAGGAUGGCGAGACGGACGAGGAGCGCGAGAAGGUGCGCGCCGACGAGCUCGAGCUCCAGAAGAAGCUCGAGGCUUGGGCGCGCGACCUCGACGUCGGCAAGAUCCUGAGCCUGCGCAUGCGCCGCGAGGACAAGGUCACCGAGGGCAAGGCGCCGCUCAAGGGCAAGGGCAAGUUCAAGGGUUCCGUCUUCAUCGAGUUUGCCGAGAAGGCGUCGGCCGACAAGUUUGUCGCGCUCGACCCCAAGCCGACGUUCGAGGGCAAGGAGCUCGAGAUCAUGUCCAAGUGGGACUAUGUCGAGAUGAAGCGCAAGGUGUACGCGCCCGACUCGAAGCCGAUGGCGCGCGAGGGCAAGGACGCGAUCCCCAAGAACCCGUACUCCAAGUCGAGCCGGCCGUUCAACGCCUGGGCCGAGCACCUCGUGUCGGACACGGACGGCUGGCCCGUCAAGCCGUCGGCGGCGGGCGCCUCGCGCGACGCGACGACCAACGGCAAGAAGCGCGCCGCCGAGGACGGCGUCGACGAGCGCGAUAUCUUCUACGACGGCGUCAAGUUUACGGCGCGUCGCACGGGCGGCAAGGCGGGCUCGAUCGAGCUCGUCGACGAGGACAAGAUCGGGACGGGCGAGGGCCAGUGGCCCAAGGGCAAGGUCCUGCGCUUCACCGUCUCGAAGAAGGACGGCUCGACCGACGGCGGCAAGGAGGACGGCGAGCAGUUUGACUUUGUCGCGCUCAAGAAGCGCAUCGAGCCGAUCGCGCGCCCGGGCUACGUCUCGCUGUUUGACGGCGCGCGCCCGGUCGCCAACCUCCCCGGCUCGUCGUCGGCGUCGGCCGACAAGGACGCGCCGAUGCAGGACGCCAAGUCCGAGUUCCCGACCCGCCUCACGGCCCCGCCGACGAUCGCGACCGCGUCCGAGGAGAAGAAGGACGACGCCGCCCCGGCCGCCGCCGCCGAGUCCAAGGGCGCGAGCGGCGCGCAGCAGUACCCGGCCAAGGGCCAGUCGUCGUUCAAGGACGUCCUCUCGGAGGACCAGUUCGAGACGCUCAAGAAGGAGGUCUCGGAGGUCAACGGCCGCAAGAUCGAGUGGGUCCGCGUCUCGGAGGCCGACGAGCGUGCCCACCAGCUCUCGCGUGCGCGCUUCCACGCCCAGCAGGCGUUCGACCCGCGCGACGGUGGCUUUGGCGGUCGCGGCGGCGGGCGCGGUGGCCGUGGCGGCCGUGGCGGCAACCGCGGCGGGCGCGGAGGCCGCGGCGGCAACCGUGGCGGCGACAGCAAGCGCCAGCGUCGCGACUAAGGGGUCCUGGGCUCGGGUUCCGAGGGAGGAGGGUCUGAACGUCGAAAACUAGCCGCAUUGUUAUCUGUCGUUCGGCGUGCAUUCACAGCCUUGUCAUUCCUGUGUCA